AUGCUUCGUCGCACAGGCCCUGCCGUGAGUUUCACGACAUCUCACCGCGCUCUCAUGUUGCGCACAAGCCGCCCACUUCUGGGGGGUGACAUGAACUCCAAAGAGCGCUUUAAAGCGGCAUGGGAUGAGAUGCCUCUUCACCUCCUUGGUGCCUCGCGAAAACAAGUGUUUGAGUGGCACUGGAAGUGCAUGUACCAGCUUGGUAUUCGUGAUACCACCCGUAUGACGAAGCUCCGAGUGUUGACGAAUUGGGUUGGACUUUUUUCCUUUAUGUACCUCACGUAUAUCUCCGUUUUCUACUCCUCCUUCUACCACAUUUAUUACGAGGACUGGCCUGAGGAGUUCAAGCGCGAGAAUGCACGCGCUUAUGCGCAGUCAAAGGGUUCUGAUGUAUGGGCAGCCGAUGGCAAGUUCAUCCGUCCAUAUUUCCACAUCAGCCCACCGAUGCUCACCAUGACGGCUGAGGACAUUUAA